AACGACCAGCGAGAGACACGAACCAUAAAUCUUCUAGAGGCGAUGCCAAAUGAUGAAUUCUUUUGGCUUUGCUAUAUAGACCAAUUCCAUAAUCCAGAAGAGAUCUCCCCUGAGGCGCCAAAGAAUACAGGGUGUUUUGUGCCGAACCCAAACAGACUGAAUCAGCAGUUGCUACAAUGGGAAAACCCAGCCUUUACCUCAUUGGAUCCCAGUCGCCCACCAGUCGUUCUGAACUCGGAUGAUGGUUUCACGUAUAUGGCAACUGCAAAUCUGUAUCCAAGACUACCGUUGAGAGGGUCGACUAGAGCAAAUGAAUUGCCAAACUUGGGAGCAAAUCAAAUGAAUGACGUCAAUAAAAACUAUUCUGACCUCAUAGGAACUAAUACCAGUCAAAAUUUUAGUUCAGUAGAUGUCCAAAAGUCUGUCGCCGAGCAGAAUGCUGGACGUAAGAAGGUUGUUGCAGCUAGCAAAGGAAGUCAUGAAAAUCAAGGAAUGGCCGGAAGUCGUUUGGUCCGGUUAAAAUUGCCAGACUGGAACGGCAUGAUCAACUGGACGGGGGCUUUGAUAUCGCCAAACAAUGAUGACAUAUUUGCAGGUGAGUUAGGAAAGUAG